CUAGCUAGCCAACCAGACGCCAAGACGCCUUCUUGGCGCUCAGGGCUCGUGUUGUGCGUGAUCACGUACAGUACACCAUACCCUACGAGCGAUACAAAGACCCUUGGCUCACCUCAUUUGUCGCUCGGCCUUCUCUUCGUUGCAUCCAUAUCGUCAGAACAUCGCCAUGUCUUCGAGUAGCCGCAUCGGCCAUGGCUUAGCCAAGGUACUUGGCAUCAAGCUCGCCGAGCCUGAGACCGAGAGGGUUACGAGAGGGGAGUCUGUCUUCUCGAUCCAAACUGCAGACUCUUUCUUCGAAGAACAGCCAACAGUCAAAGAAGUUCUGGCCAGCAUCGUACCUACUAGGAAGGGUGUCUACGAAUACAUCCUUUCGCUGUUCCCAUUUCUAUCAUGGAUCGGCUUUUACAACGUCCAAUGGCUUACCGGCGACCUCGUUGCAGGGAUAACUAUAGGAGCGGUUGUCGUCCCUCAAGGAAUGGCAUACGCUAAACUUGCCGAGCUCCCCGUCCAAUUUGGUCUUUACUCCUCGUUUGUUGGUGUUAUUCUCUACUGGUUCUUUGCAACUUCCAAAGAUAUCACCAUCGGGCCCGUCGCCGUGCUUUCCACUGUCACGGGCACCGUGGUAAAUAAUGUCGUUACCGCACACCCCGAGUACAAAGACACACCAUGGGUCAUCGCGUCAGCUCUAGCCGUUAUAUGCGGCGCAAUUGUGCUCUUCAUUGGCCUGAUACGAUUUGGCUGGAUUGUCGAACUGAUCCCGGUGGUAUCACUCGCAGCCUUCAUGACAGGCUCGGCAAUCAACAUUGCUGCUGGACAAGUACCCGGUUUACUUGGCAUUGAAGGCUUCUCUACCAGAGAUUCAACGUAUCUGGUCAUUAUCAACACUCUGAAGGGUCUGCCCAGAACCAACUUGAAUGCAGCAAUCGGCCUCACUGCCCUGUUCUUGCUCUAUGCCAUUCGGUUUUCCUGCGGCUGGGCGGCUAGAAAAUACCCAAACCGCCAGAAGGUUUUUUUCUUCUUGAACACGUUGAGGUCGGUAUUUGCCAUCCUUCUGUAUACCCUGGUUAGUUGGUUAGUGAAUAUGCAUCGUCGAAAAAACCCAGCCUUCAAGAUUCUCGGCACAGUCCCACGAGGUUUCACACACGCUGCUGUGCCAACAAUCAAUACAGAUAUCAUUAGUUCGUUUGCCAGUGAAAUCCCCGCCACUGUUAUUGUACUUCUUAUUGAGCACAUCGCCAUCUCAAAGUCUUUUGGCCGAGUCAACAAUUACAGGAUCAACCCAUCCCAAGAAAUGGUGGCGAUCGGGGUUACCAAUGUGAUUGGCCCUUUCCUAGGUGGAUAUCCCGCUACUGGUUCCUUCAGUCGGACGGCCAUCAAAUCGAAAGCUGGUGUCAAGACCCCUUUCGCAGGUGUCAUCACAGGUAUAAUCGUUCUUCUUGCUAUAUAUGCACUGACAGCGGUAUUCUUUUACAUCCCCAACGCCGCACUUUCGGCCGUCAUUAUUCAUGCUGUCGGUGAUCUCAUCACGUCGCCUAACACCGUGUAUGGAUUCUGGCGCGUGUCGCCUUUGGAACCCAUUAUCUUCUUCAUUGGUGUGAUUGUUACCAUUUUCACUACGAUCGAAAUAGGUAUCUACACGACAAUCUCGAUAUCGUUCGCUAUCUUUCUUGUGCGAAAUCUCAGAGCCAAAGGUACAUUCCUUGGCAGAGUCCAGGUACACUCCGUCGUUGGGGAUCACAUCAUCUCUGGCAACGAUAACCGCCCGGUCAACGAGUACGGAACUUUCAAGCCCGACCCUACCCCUAGCGCUCACACCCGCAACGUUUUCCUUCCGAUUGACCACCAAGAUGGCUCUAAUCCCGGUGUAGAGCUGACGAGCCCAUAUCCUGGCAUUUUCAUCUACCGUUUCUCUGAGCUGCUGAACUAUCCCAGUGUCAGUAGUACAAUGGAGUACUUAGUGGAGUAUGUCUUCGCCCACACACGACCUACGACCCUGAGAGAUAGUAAGAAGGGCGAGAGACCUUGGAAUGACCCAGGCCCGAAGAGGCCCGAGGACCUUAAUACGAACCUGCCCACCCUCAAGGCUAUCAUCCUUGACUUCAGCUCCGUUAACAAUGUCGAUGUGACAUCUACGCAGAUGCUCAUUGACAUCCGGAACCAACUUGACCGAUACACGGCGCCGGAUGUUGUGGACUGGCAUAUUGCGUGCAUCUCCAAUCGAUGGACGAAGCGUGCACUCCUGUCUGCGGGCUUUGGCUACCCUGCGGUGCGUGCAGACGGGGCGCACUCGCGGUGGAAGUCGAUUUUCAGCAUCGCCGAAAUUGGCGGCAACGACUCAGCCGCUGCGGCCGCGGAGCGUGAGGCAAAUGAGAAAGAGCUCGUCCUCAUGCAGAGUCGGGCUGAGGACCCUGAGGCCGGACGGUCUGAAGGCAUCAUUCAGCCCAGUGGCGCUUCUAGCAGCUCGGAAUCUGUGGUAAAGUCGAAGAAUCCUGACCCCAGGUCGCCUCGUAGGGCUGUGGUACAUGGUAUUAACCGUCCCCUGUUCCACGUCGACCUGACGAGCGCCCUGCAGAGCGCCAUUGCAAACGUCGAGGCCAGAGAGGAGUUCCAGAGGCAGGGUGCCAGCGGGUCAGACAGCGCACCCUGAAUCCCGUGAACGCGUUUUAUAGAAUCAUCAUCGCGGGCCAGACGGUUUUAGGUCGCUGAUGUAAUAAUUUUUCGUGAAUAUAUU